AUGUUUCACACUAACGGUAAUAUUCAUCUCAGCACACAUUGUCGGUAAUAUUCAUCUCAGCACACAUUGUCAUGUAAUAGACUAUAUAUUACAGUUCACACUAACGGUAAUAUUCAUCUCAGCACACAUUGUCAUGUAAUAGACUAUAUAUAUUUCAGUUCACACUAACGGUAAUAUUCAUCUCAGCACACAUUGUCAUGUAAUAGACUAUAUAUUUCAGUUCACACUAACGGUAAUAUUCAUCUCAGCACACAUUGUCGGUAAUAUUCAUCUCAGCACACAUUGUCAUGUAAUAGACUAUAUAUUACAGUUUACACUAACGUUCACACUAACGGUAAUAUUCAUCUCAGUACACAUUGUCGGUAAUAUUCAUCUCAGCACACAAUGUCAUGUAAUAGACUAUAUAUUUCAGUUCACACUAACGGUAAUAUUCAUCUCAGCACACAUUGUCAUGUAAUAGACUAUAUAUUUCAGUUCACACUAACGGUAAUAUUCCUCUCAGCACACAUUGUCAAAUAA